AUGGCGGAGCACUCAGGGUUCUGGUUUGGGGCGGAUGUGGAGAUCCUGUUCAGCGGAUGGCCUUUAGGUCACGGCCACUUCCACUUCUACUUGGCUCUACUUCUUGUGUUCAUGCUAUCCAUGGUAGCCCAGAUGUAUGCAAUGACUCCCAUGAGCACCCCGAAGAUUGUUCCUAAGAGCCUCAUCAAUCACGCCGCCCUACAUGGCCUCCGUACUUUGAUCGCCUACUUAGUUCUCCUCUGUGUCGUUACCUUCAAUGUCGGAGUCAUAAUCACAGUACUCCUUGGACAUGUCGCCGGCUACUUAGCUCUCACAUUAUACAUCAAGUAUUACUACCCUGUCCCAGUGGCGACUCCCCCUGCUGAUGAUGCCAAAGCCUGA